GUUUGUGUCACAUGUAAAGAGAGCCGGUUUAGUCAGGAAGGGAAAAUAUUUAUUGAGGACAACAGUAUCUGUUUCAUCGAGGUAUCAUCAUGGCACCGCUGUGAGUUUGUUAUGUUUGACCGAGCAACACAUUUCCGCUGGAGAAGGUCUGCCCUUUGGCAGAUUGUUGCCUUGCUCAGCCCAUCUGCCAUCGGGAGAGGCUAACAGUGAAGCAGCAUGUCCAGUGGGAAUGAGUCCUGUCUGUUUGAGAAUGGAUCCAUCAGCCUCUUCUCCUGCUUGGUCCACGUGUGGGAGGAGUGGGCAGGACUUGGGCAGAUCGAGGAUUACCUCAGCUUCCUGGAGUAUCUGCUCUGGGUUUUCACACCGCUAGCCGUGGUCUUCAUCCUGCCCUUUCUCAUAGUGAUCCUUCUCUAUCUGUCAAUACUUUUCCUUCAUGUGUACAAACACAAGAACCAGCUGAGGGAAGCAUAUUCCAAUAACCUUUGGGAUGGAGCAAGGAAAACUCUGGCCACCCUGUGGGAUGGGCAUGGUGCUAUUUGGCAUGGUUAUGAAAUCCAUGGUUUAGACAAAAUUCCAGAUGAAGGACCUGCCCUCAUAGUCUAUUAUCACGGGGCGAUUCCGGUAGACUACUAUUAUUUCUUGGCAACAGUUAUCCUUCAGAAGGGAAGAACUUGUCAUUCAGUGGCUGAUCAUUUUCUCUUCAAGGUUCCAGGUUUUAAGCUCCUGUUGGAGGUGUUCAGUGUGAUCCAUGGGCCGCAGGAGGAGUGUGUGAAGGCUCUGCGGAACGGUCAUCUCCUGGGCAUCUCUCCUGGAGGAGUACGAGAGGCUCUGUUUAGUGACGAGACGUACCCUCUGUUCUGGGGCAAACGCAAAGGCUUUGCACAAGUAGCCAUUGACUCUAAAGUGCCAGUCAUACCAAUGUUUACGCAAAACCUGAGGGAGGGAUUUCGCUCUCUUGGAACAUUAAGAUUCUUCCGCUGGGUGUAUGAGAGGUUUCGUCUGCCGGUAGCACCCAUCUAUGGAGGAUUUCCAGUCAAAUUUCGCACCUUCUUGGGUGACCCAAUUCCAUACGACCCAAAGCUCAAUGCAGCCGAGUUGGCUGAAAAGGUGCAACAAGCGGUUCAAGCACUUAUCGACAAACACCAGAAGAUACCUGGAAACAUCCUGCGUGCUCUUCUGGAGCGAUUCCAAAGGGAACAUAAAGAAGAUUAGCACACCUGCCUUCUCUCAGACUGAAGUCAAUAAAUAUGCGUCAAGCAUAAUUCAAAUGAAUACUGGAGAUUUUAUAAUAUCCUUACACCAUGCAACUACAUUACUGAUACUAAAAUGGACAUAUCAGCACAUACUGCAGUGUUGCAUAUGGAGAAAAAAAGGUGCGUAUCUUUAACGUCUGAUAAAGUGUGCUUGUUGAAGAGUGUGUGUGUGUGUGUGUGUGUGUGUGUGUGUGUGUGUGUGUGUGUGUGUGUGUGUGUGUGUGUGUUCUUUUUGUGUUGUUUUAAGUUGGAAUCAACAAUUUAUUUGCACACUUUGAUUUUAUUCAAAGGACCACUGCCAAAAUAGUCCGCAAAGCCUUUGUUUAGUGUUGUUUUCUUUCUUUUAUGGAAAAAAGUUUCAUCUUCUUCUCCUAAACAUUGAUAUUACUUUCUCAUCUGAAGGAAUUCUUUUAACUCAUACAUGCUGUGAAUUUUUGGGAUUUUUGUAAGCACCGUCAAUAAUAACAAUGAGAGAUACAUGCUUGUUUGUUUGAUGUUGUAAUGACAGGUUUUAGUCUAAUAUAUCGCUGUAUUAGCUGUCAGACGUCAACUGCUGUCUAUGUAAAGUAAUAGUUCAAACUAAAAAUAACGAAUGUUUGCUGUUAGGUGGGAUUUUCCUUCAGUAGAACAUUUGUUUGUUUGUUUUGGGGCUAAAACCCAAAACCCUGAUACUUGGUGAUUCCUCAAAUGCAAAUUAACAGCCAACCCACACUUUACACACACACACAAACAAUUGUAUAUAUGUUUGACGAGGACUCUCCAUGGACGUGUAGUAUUUUAUACUGUAAAACAAACAAAAAAAACAUUUAUUACAUGGCUUUACCAAAGUGUUUCUCAACCACGUUCCUGGUGGACCACCAGCUCUGCACAUUUUCCGUGUCUCCUUAACCAAACACACCUGAUUCAGAUCAUCAGCUCAUUAGCAUAGGCUGAAAGACCUAUAAUGUGUGUGUGACAAACAAAGGAGACAUCCAAAACAUGCAGUGUCAGUGCUGCCCCUGGAAGGUGGUUAAGAAACACAGCUUUACCCUACUCUUACUUCUAAACCCGAUGCUUUUAAACCCCAAACCAAAAUUUUGAAUACCAACACACACUGUUAAAUAAGAUGUUUUUAAUUAUAUCCUUGUAAAUCACCUUAAUGGAGUACAACUAGUCCAUAUCCAUGUCAUUAUACAUUUUUAUGUCCUCGUAAACCACAUAAACAAGCACACACAUUAUGAAUAAAAAUGGCUCCUGAUGUGUAUCUCCAGUUUGAGCUCAAAUCAACCUUAAUGUUUUACUGAAGAAAAACUUCACCUGCAUGUUGGAUGUUCUCAAAGUGAGUAAAUCAACAGCAAAUGAAGAGUUCAGAUGCAAAAACCUCUAAAUGCCAUCCGAACUUUUCUUCUAAAAUGAGCAUUUUUGUCAGGCUCAUGUGGGGAGGUUCAGUAAAUUCACUUUUACGUCAAUGAAUAGGAUAUUUUCAUCAUCUGUAAAGGGAAAUAAUUGAAUAUAAAUACAGGAGGUUGAGAAAAAUGCUCGUUUUUGAAGGAAAUUUCAGAUGGCAUUUAGAGGUUUUUGCAUCUGAACUCUUCAAAUGUUCAUUUUGUAGUUGAAGUAUCUGUCAGUUGAUUAUCGAUUUGUCCAACUCUGAGAGUUUAUUCUAACAUUCUGGUGAUAAAACAUGAGUAUGCAACUGAUAAUGAUUUCUCACAGGCAUUAAACAUUACAAGUCUUUCAGCAUUCAUAAAGAUUUUGUAACAUUCCUGAAAUGUGAGGAUUUACUAGUUCAUUACAUGCAACAUAAAAAAGCUAUUAUUGCGUCUGUCUGAUCAACGUGGAAAUAAAUGGCUGUAAAUGUGUGAUUUUUAUAACAGAGAUUUUAGGAUUGACAAUAAAACUGCGUAUUCCUAUGGA